ACAGACUGCUGCACGCAUCACACACACUGUGUUAUCUGCACACAGCUUCACUUCGUCUCUGAGAGCCAAUUACCAAAAUCUGAAAAUGGGGAAAAUUAAUGGAUGCCUCAAAUGUCUUUUUAUCUUUUUCAACGUGUUGUUUGCAAUCAUCGGAUGUGUGCUGAUCUUCGGAGCAGUGAAGUCAUCUGCCGUUGCCAGUCAGAUGUCGUCAGUUGGGGCCCCGGGAAUCGGUUGGGUUUGGGUGUUUGCCAUCGGAGUCCUUGCCAUCUCCUGCCUGGGAAUCUACGCCGGCUGUGCUGAGAAAGACCUCGUCCUCAAAAUUUUUGCAGGUUUCAUGGCUGUUGGACUGGUCAUCAUGCUGAUCUUUGGCAUCAUUAUCGUUGUCAUGAGAAACAAGAUUAAAACCAACUUUACCUCCGCCACUGCUGAAUAUGCAGAGCCUUUAAUGAAAGAUGACGGAUUCAGAGCACUGCUUGAUGGGCUCCAGCAAAGUGCCCAGUGCUGUGGAGUGGCGAGCGCUGCAGACUGGGGUAAUGAAAUCCCUGAGUCCUGUGCCUGCAGUUCUUCAGGUUAUUUUGGAGGAGGAUGUAACUCCAAACCUCAGGGAGCGUCAGGCCCAGAUAAAGUCUAUGGUCAGACCUGUGGUGAAACCAUCUUCCUAUUUGUUGACAUCUUCUUCAAGAUUGCCAUGGGUUUCUUCUUUGGAUUCGCUGUCACUGCAUUGCUGGGCCUGCUGGUCUCCCUCCUGAUGAUCUAUCAAAUCAAACGCCAUGACAGCUCCGGAGGGGCGUCCAUUGCCAUGAAGGGCUUCUGAGAAAAACCUUCAACGGCUGACCUUAACCUCUGCACUGUAACACGAGGACACAGUGGUCAAAAUACGACCUUUUCUCUUUACUUUUUUAUGACCUUUCUGCCUUUUAAGAGAGUGACAGGGAAAGCAGGAGACACAGGGAUGAAAUGGCAUGCUUCAGAAAGAUUUCAUUUGGGAAAAAAUGCCUCACAGCAUUUUUUUCUUUCAGCUUUGUAUUGUAGAAAAUAUUGCUUGAAUAGCAAACAUUUAUUUUUUUGAGAAUCAUUAUAUUGCUUGUGUUAUUGUAUGGUCAGCAGUAUUGUAAUAUUCUUGUAUAAUAGAAGCAGUUUCUAAGCUCAACCUUCUCUGGAGCUCUAUUAACCCGAGGAGGUCAUAAAAUCAGAGCUUUAACCUAAGACUCCAUUCUAAAGCUACAGUAAAACAAUUAGGAAAAUCAACUGACCAGUAAAUAGCAGUGAAGUGCCUGUGUGUCUUUGCUAAAUUGGUGGUAUUAGCUAUAAGCUUGAUGGUGUAGUGUCUACUCAUAGGACCAAUUUAUGAACUGUGACUGCUGACAUAUAGGCAGUCAGGAACAUCCUAAUGCUAUUCUGUCACAAUAGCUCUUCCAGCUAGCUGGCUUGCUAACUGUCAGGGAACAAACCAGACCAUGUUUGUAGACCAUGCCACUUUUGUCGAGGAAUUUAUAGGGUGAAUUGUAUAUGAGACAGGUGCUAUGUAGCUUCUCUGACUCUCUGUGGCCUUAUUGUGUCAAAUCUAUUGAAAUGCUGCUAAAUUUAUUGGGCUUUAUGAGCACCAAAACGUUUUAAGUUUAGCUUUGCACAAAGACAGGGAGCAGAGGGAAACUGCUAAUCUAGCUCUAGUGCUGUCUUAAAUAUUACUAUUCCUUUAAUUCAAUCAGAACCUCCACUGAAAAUAACUUCUCACAUAGAUCGUGAAACAAAACUUCUGGUUUUGACUGCUCUUAUUAUUUUUGGAAACAUCUGCCAAAAGAUGAAAACUCUUUGUAUUCAAGCUAUAUUUUAAUAGCACUUAAGUAGGCUACUGUAGACAGGGAUGUGGUCAGUGACCUGAAUGUGAAGAAAUAAUAAAUUAAAAACAAAGAAGUGCUCUGAUUAAAUUCAACUAAUCAGAAGAGCACUGAAGAAGUCACCUGUAUGUGGACUUGAACAAAAUGUUAGACAAUGAAUUUUCCUUUUUCUUAAACCUUAAAAGACGAUGGGUAUGUUUGUGUGGAACAUUUUAGAUACCCUGGUAGUAUGAAGGUAAGAAUGAAGUAGUCCGUCCACUGGACUUCAAAAAACAAAACAAAAAGUAAUACAAUAAAAUCCAUCCUGAGAGAAUCAGAUAACGCUGGUAAAUCCCAGCAAAUUUUGCAGCAUUGAGACCAAAUGUACAGCAAUGUUACAAAAUGUAGAAGCAGUAAGAUUACAUGCAGACUUUCACUGAGAAUGAACCAAAAGCCAACAGCUCGGGGGUUGAAUACCCCUCUACUGGUUCAAAAAAAAGAGGGACCAGGCAAAAAAGACAAAUACUGUAAAAAGAACUGUUUUAUUGUGAAAUCUGCACUCAUAUCAUGUCAGAAUAAACACUAGAGGCCAAAAAUCCACAAGUUCUUACUGUUUUGUUU